UAUGCCUCCGGCAGCGACAGACGCGCGCGCUUUUUCGCUCAACUGUAAUUAUCAGAGAAGUUGAUAUAGCUAUUAUUAAGUUAAGUGAACCUAACGAGUGCUGUUGGAUUUUAAACAAAAUUUUCCUGAAAAUAAUUGAGUUUUGUUAUUUUUUUGAACGUCAUGUGACAUGAGCUAUGGAAGAGGAAAGUGAAACUACUAAUGCAUCUGAGACCUGCGGUUCAGCCCUCGCCGAAUCGCAGAUUAAUGACAUUUCCCCACGAACUGAGCAAACAAAGAAUGAUGAAAGUACAGGACAAAUUACUAGUGAUAUAAAUAAUUUAAAUUGUGAUAAGGACGGUAGUGUUGAUAGCAAGAACGAAAGCGGAGUAGUUCUUGAAGAAAAUAAUGUAACUAUAGAAGCUAAGGAAUCUGUGGUUGAAAAUGAAACUUGUGAAGUUAACGACGACGUGCGUUCGCUUGGAGAUUUGGAUAGCUUGCCUGCGGGUGACGAACUAGUAUUAGGUGCUGCCGGAAGUGAUAGUGGGGUAGAAGGCUGUGGUCGUGCUCUGAGUAGCGGUGGAGGUUCCAGAUCGUGCGCCUCCAGUGUAGUUUCCUGUGGCUCUGGUUGUGGCUCCGAAAGUUCUUCUUUAGCGGGCGCACCGCCGCGGCCCCGCCGUCGUGUUAACGUUACCGUACCCGACCUUAAGCGUAAUUCUCCUAUCGGAACCUCCACUCCUCGACCUGUUACCGCUCCGAGAGGCCCCAAUCUUGCCACACGUGAGAGGGCAAGAAGUCGCGAGAAACCUAUACCUCCAGAAAAGCCUCGGCCCCUGACGCCUAAACCGCGAAUCCGUCCGACGGCUGACUUGCCAAAUCUAGUCCGUGAAAGCCCUGCGUUACGUGCCAAACCAACAAAGACCUCUACAGCUAGAUGUAGAACGCCAAAUUCGCCCAGUGAAGAGAAAAGAUGGCCUGCAAACGGACCUCGAUUGACGCCAGUCUCUGAUGCCAACGCGACUCGUGUCGCUGCUGAUAAAUAUGGGACACUGCCACGGAGGAGAAGGGAUGCAGAGACUGAUGCAUCACCUAAACAUGAGGGCACUCCGCCAUCGUCGAGGAGGCCCACGGUUACUCGAUCAGUUUCGUCUAGAUCGACGACGAAGACUCGUGUUAGAAUAUAUGCAGAAAAAACUUCGCAAACCGUGCUGUUAGGCUCUGAUGUGGAAUCAGCUCUAGCUGGGGUAGUCCCUAAUAUUGAUAAUCGCGUCGAAGUGACUCGAUGCCAUCGCGGCGUGCAGGCGAGCUCCCGCGACGUCGAGAUGGCGCGGCUAACGGCAGCCGCUGCUGCAGCGGAGGCGACCGCGGCGGAGGAACGCGAGCGCAGGCUGCAGGUGGAGACGCAGCUGGCGGCAGAACGCGCCGCGCGACUCGCCGCCAUUGCUGAGCUAGAGAGGAACUCGCAGCGGCUGCUGGAACUCGCUGGUGCUAGUGCUGACGCGGGCGCAGAGAAUUGUCUUCGUGCGUUGGAGGACCAACUGCGAUCAGCGGGGGAGUUGGCGGCGCGGCAGCGGGCCGAGAUCGACACUCUACGGGACCAGUGCGGCAAGCUGCAAGUUGAAUCGUGCGGGGCGCGGGAAACGGCGCGGUCAUUGGAUGCCAGAUUGGCGGAGGCGGAGCGCGAGGCGUCUGAAAUGCAGGACUUCCUCGCGGCCGAGACCGCCGCGCUCGGCGACUCGCUGCACGACGCCGAACAGGAGGUCGCCAGGCUCAACGCAGAACUAGAGCGGAGGCGAGCGGAGUGCAGGCAGUUGGUGCGCAUGUGCGAACAACGUCGGCAAGAGGCCCUAGCUGCGGCGGCCCGGGCCCGGUCCGGCGGAGGCGCCGCCAAUGCGCUCGACAACCUGGGGCGGCGCCUCAAAGCACUCACCCACGCCGUUCGCGCCGCCUACAACCUGCCCCGCGAAGCCCUGCACCCGCCCGUCUACCACAACGACGUGUACAGUCGUAGCGACAGCGGUGAGGCAUUAUCACCGGAGGAAGAACCGCGCGGUUUAUUGGCGGCAGUAACGCGCGCCCUACGCUCCACACAAGCGCCGCAGCAGCGGGAGGCGGACGACGACCGCUCGCGCGUCUCCGACGACAACGACAACUCCGCCGACCUGCUCGACUCCGAGACCGAGCCCUGUCUAGUCACCGACCCUGAAUGUGCAGAAGAAUGGUGGUCGGGUGCCGAAGGCGCUGGCGCCUGGAGCGGUGACGAACUGUCACCCGAGCAGGAGUCUGUUGGAGAUGAUAGAGAGGCGGAGUCAGCUUCAGCGUCGGAACGCGAGUCGCUCCGCAACUUGUCGGCGGCGAUCGCGCAGCGGCAGCGCUCGGAGGCGGAAGACGCAGAGCGCGGCUCGUUGGUGGAACGUGUGGUGUCAUUGGACGCGCGGCUUUCAUCGCUCGUGCGCGCGCUGCACGCCGCCGCCCGCGCGCCCGACGCGCCCGCCGCACGUCUCGCACACGCGCUCAGAGAUAAGAUAGACGUCACGGAAAAGAAUGUUGCCGAUGUGGUGGUAAAAAAGCUGGCAGAAUUGGACGCAAGCAAAAACAUGAUGGAACAGUACCGCCAGUCCGUCGAGAUGCUCAAAAAACAACUGGCACAAACAGGUGAAGACGAUGAUUUAGAAUUUCUUGAGGAGGAAUUCACGUCAUGCAGCGAAGAGGAGCGGCGCGCCCGCUACGAGGCAUUGGACGCGGCACUCGCGGCACUCAGCAGCCGCGCCGCGACGCGUGCGUGGCCGCGCCUCGCCGCGCUGCAACUGCGGCUAGAGCGACUCGCCUUCGCCGCCGCGGCCCCCCCACCACCGCACCACCAGUCUGCUGCUGCGGCUACCACACCUGCCCCAGCUAGGCUUCUACCUACAGGCGCGUGACGUGUUCUCCUACCGCUCUAAUAGAAGCCCACGUGGGGAGUGCUCUUUGUAGCCAAGACAUGCGUGAUAUAGAUAUCGAGCAUUCUCCCUAGCAGUUGCACCUGGCUACAGCGAUAUAGGUCUAUCGGCCGUUCUUCCUAACAACUGCGACUCGCCUUCGUCGCUGCCGAGCCUCCAUCUACGCACCACUCAUCUGCUGCUAUGGCUACCAUACCUGCCGCGCCUUCUUGGCUUCUACUUACAGGCACGUGACGUGUUCUCCUAUUCCUAGCCAAGACGUAUAGCGAUAUAGGUUUAUCGGCCGUUCUUCCUAACAACUGCGACUCGCCUUCGUCGCUGCCGUGCCUACAUCACCGCACCACCAGUCUGAUGCUGCGGCUACCACACCCGCUUCUGCUACCCCGUAUGAAGACAUUAAACAAGCUAAUCCUUAGCUCGAAAUUUUGUAAAGUACUAUAUACGAAUACGAAUUCACUCGCGCUACCAAUUGUGUCAUAAAAUUAAAUUAUUGUUACAUGUACGUAAAGAUGUCAAAUGGCAUUUACUUUAUGACAAAGACAUCUUUUGUGUGGUUUUAAUUUUGUCACAAUUAGUCUGGACGAAUUGUUUAAAAAUGACCACACAAAACAGUGAUAUGUCACAAUUUUCUCCGUAUAACUUUCCAUGAGUAGUAAAUUUUGUAGUACCCCUAACCAUUUCUUUAUAAUGCCGGCAUUUUACUUGCAUACUCGUAUGUGCCGUUUAUAAACUUAACAUCAGUCUGUCCUUAUCAUCACACUAAUACUAUAAAGGCGAAAGUUUGUGAGUGUGUAAGUGUAUGUUUGUUACUACUUCACGUCUAAACGGCUGGAGCGAUUUAAUUUAAAAUUUGAUUUGGAUUUAGCCGACACCCUGGAUUAACACAUAGGCUACGUUUUACUGCGGGAAAAUAUCCCUAAUAAACCGCGGGUAACACCGCGGGGCACAGCUAUUUCCUUAUAUAGCAUAAUAAGGACAAACUGUUGUGAAGUUUACAAAUAGUGAAUACGAAUAGUCACGUGCAAUGCCGGCCUAAGAUGCAUGCAUGCCAGAAAUUAUGCGUGUGAAAAAAUUAGCAUCGAAAACAUUAACAAAUAAAUUCUAAUAUAUUAGAUAGAAAAACAAACGAAAUAAAUUGAUGAAACGUCACAAAUAAUUUUAAGACUACAACUGAAGUGACCUAAUUUAGAAAAUUGCUCGUAAAUCAAUCUAGCGUUAAACUAAUUAUAAAUUGUACACCUAUUGUGUAAUUUUAUAGUAAUGUGCUGUGCAUAUUAUUCAUUCAAUCACUUUGUACUAUGACAGACAUGCUGGUUCACGCCCGUAGUCCAGUGAUUAAAUCAAAAUCAAUCAAAUGAGCUGCCGCAGGCUGUGUAACAUAAUACUUGCAUAAAGCUGAAAGUUUGUUGUAUUCAUAUAUCUUGCUGUUUUUUACGCGCGUUUCAUUGACGUUUCAUACCAACUACCAUAGGGCAGUACCGCCGCACAGUUUUUCUGAUGCAGGCGUUAAUGUCACUGAUUUGUUAUAUAACUGUUAGUAUUUUAACAAACUGCAUGGAACAAAUUAUAUACAACAUAGUUAAUAACAAAGAAUGUAUAAAACUUUCUUGUUAAUUAAAUUGCAAUGAAAAUACAUAUACAUUUCUAUUAUUUCUAUCACAGCGCCGUUUCUUGAUGGGCGCUAUACUUUUUAGUAUCUUUCAAUUAUGUAGAGGGAUAACUUUUUCGAAAGCAGUAUGAUACACUAUAUCGGCAUCAAAUUAUAGUUAUAUUCCAUAGUUCGCCUUGGUAUUUAGCAUGUUGAUAUUAUCCGUCCUGGAAAUUCCAUGACAGCUUGCCAAUAGGUAGUGAUAACUUUUAUAGAGAUGAGGAAGGUAGGAAGUAAGAGAAAAUAAGCGUAUACAGAUAUACUAAAUAGUAUAUAAAAUAUGAUUAGUCAAUUGAAUCCAAACACGUACUUGAAUGUUCAUUUAAUAACACCAAGGCUUGAAAUGGUUAAGUUUGCACAAGACAGGAUCACCGAUAAUAAAUGUUGUAGUAGAGAAUAAGUCCGUAAUUGAUUGAUCUCGCCUAGCGUGGAAAGUACAAAAUAAGAAUUAAGUAUUUGUCCUUUCCAUUAGUUAUGGUGUACCUAAUGAUAAAAUCUAGAUUCUAGGUGUAUUGUGGAACGUUUGUAUAAAAACGUAGUCCUCGCUUAUCCUAAAUUAUAUGUAUGAUUUUUUUUAUUUUAAUUAAGAAUAUGUAAUUAUAUAGUUUUCAUUCCUAGCUGCAUUUAAAAUUUCUUGAUAUCGGAAUAUUCUUCAUAAAUCUAUGAAUGUUUUUCUAAUAGAAAUUGGAUAUCAAAUAGUAUUUCAAGUGCCAUCAGUGCAUUGAUGUUUUAAACAUGACUUAUUAGGUAUUUUCUCUUUAUCGAUAUUGUUCUUACAUCACAUUGUAUACAAUUGCAAUCUAAUAAAAUAUAUUUAUUAUCUAGUCAAUAUAUUCUAUUGGUCAUUAUUUUGAUUUGCCCAUGAACAUUAAAAGUGUCAAUAAAUAACUAAUUUAAUGUAUAAAUUCGUAAUGACGUGGUAAAAUUGCCACCAUAAUAAAACGUAAUUAUUAAAUCUAAAUAGAAGAAUUCAAUCACAUGUUUUGUAAUGUUACAUCGUAAAGGGAAAUGUAACGAAAUGAGACUGAUUCGUAUUUACGUUGAAUUGUUGAUGGUUUUGAUGUUGGGAAUGUUGUGUGUUAAGAUUGUUUGAAGAUUUAUCCAGAUUAGUAGGUGGAAUUGGAUAUCUGCGAAUUUCAAAAAAUGUUUUUAAAGCAUACAAAGCAUAGCUUGUUCAGGAGCUGAUGUCACUGAUUAAGCAUGAAGAGAAUCCCCUUGUGUGAACACUUUGCAGAUGUUUUUUUUCAAAAAAGUAAUUUUUGUUACUAUUAGCAUGUCGACAAUCAUUGUGUUGUAAAUAAUUACGUAUGUAAAUAAAUAUUAUUGUGAAAUAUA